GUCCAUAGAACAGUUUAUAUGUAGUCUAAUAGACUAAAGCAUUAACAAUAUCUUCUUGCAUUUUCUUCCCAUAAUACUCACUUCUUAACUAGCCUGUUCAAUCGUGGUGUAGAUGUCAGUAUGAACACUCAUCUGAAGACCGUGAAACUAACUCUGAAGGGAAAAAACCCAGUUACAUUAGACCACUUAAGUGUUAGGGGAAACAACAUUCGAUAUUAUAUUCUUCCUGAUAGCUUAAAUCUCGAGACUUUGUUGGUUGAGGACACACCAAGAAUCAAACCCAAAAAGCCAACUGCUGGGAAGACACCAGCUCGUGGGCGUGGCCGUGGAAGGGGUCGUGGACGCGGCCGUGUUGGUGGUCGUUAAGCAUUCAUGAUCCUAAGUUUUUGUUCUUCUUAUGACACUAGAGGGAUUGUGUGUUGUAGUGAGGCGAGUCUCCUAAAGAACAAAUUCUUGUGAUCUAAUCACCAGCAAAUUUAGAUUUAUAACACUUUGUCGUUUAGAAGUGUUUAAGAAAAAUGAAACCAAGACAUUGUG